AUAUCACCGGACGUGGACUUUCAGGAUCCUCCCCGCAUGUCCGAAUCUCGAAUCGAACAAGAGAUGUUGGAUUAUGGUUUCCUAACUGGCGAAGAUCUUGAUCUUAUGACUCAUGGGAGUGCCCUACCAAAUCUCGGAUCCAAUUUCCAUAGCCCAGAAGCCCUCUUUGCUGCCGUCGAUCAUUUUGGCGCAUAUAACAGAGCUACUGCUGCAGGCUCACGUCCACUCACACCUCAUGCAGCUCACCAUCUACCACCUGAUGCUGAACAACGUCGAUUCGAGCGUGACCUUGUGAAUGCUAUUGAAGAAAUGCAACACCAAGAGGAAUCAGUUCUCGAAGACAAUGAUGAUGAACUGGAUCACAUCGAUAUCAAUAUCAAUGCACAAUUUGAUUAUCCAGACGAUGACAUAGAUAAUGAGAUAACAGCACCAGAUGUGGCCGAUGAAGACGAUCCUGAUCCUUUCAUGCCAGACGAAGGUUUCGCCUCAACAGAUAAUUCAAAUCUCACUGAGGUCCCCCUGCAUUUGAUCACCAUAUAUGCGCUUGUCACCUGGCUGCACUUGCAAUUCCACCUCCCUUGUGUUGCUUGUAAUGCACUGCUG